AAUUUACCGCAAAUUAACGUACCUGCGAUGAUCGUGUAUCUGCAUGUGCGGUGGGCGUGGUUCGAACUGAAGUGGCAUGACGCUUAAGAAACGGAUACUGCAUAUACUGUGUCGACUCCGCGGGCGGGCGCGCGCGCGCGACCGAGUUCAACACAGAGGCCCUUGGUUUCGAUGCUGAUAUGCACAGACAACGCUAAUAUGAAAUCCACCUAUGGUCCCUCGGGUUUGCCGGUUACUGCUUUAUUUGUUGAACAUCAAUCUCUCAUGCGUAACCGUGGAGGACGGACCACAAACUUUCAUAUUGUAACCUGCUGACCUUUGCGUAUGGGAGUAAAUGUGUCCAGGGACUCAUAGAUUUGUUCACGCGUAGGCCAGUACCCGGCCCUACACGUUUGAUAAACCCGGAACUUGAAUGUAUAAGCAUGGUAUAACGCAUCGCGUGAAAACAACUCAGGCUGAUUCAAAUUUAUUGAAAAUUGACAGGGACCUUCCCCCUUUUAAACUAAACCUCUGUUUUUUCCAGGGAAUAUGAUUAACCUUUCACUAAAGGAAAUACUGUGAUAUUUGUUUCCAGUAAUAAUCAUCAGACUGCUUAAUAAUAAUAAUAACACUCAGUGAGUUGAAUUGCGGUGUUAUCUUUUUGUAAUGCAACAAGCUAUUCAAUCGCUCCUGUGACCUCUAACCUUAGCCGCGAUUAAGCAAUGUUCAGUGACGUCUUGAUCAUGCAGCUGAUACGAGCUAUAUAUGCAAUCACACGUAUUGGAUAUCUCGCCUAUAGGCCCUACAUGUGCAGCAGGCAUACGUUUUUCUUCUAGUGCAACUCAGGUUGAACAAAAUCGUCAUGACGCGGAUUGUCCUGGCCGCGCUAGUGGUCGUGGUUGCUGUGGUAGCGUACAUAGUGCUGGAACCGGUCCCGGACGAUGUUGGGGACAGCCCGUGGACGGUGAAAUUGUUUUCACUCCGACGAAGUUUGAAACCCUACAUUAAAUGGUGGACCCCGAGUGGCCUCGACCAGUGGCUGGAUGAAACAACCAGGGCCAGCCUCCAGGAAGGCGGGCCUAAGGUGCCGUACUGGGAAGCGGUGUUUGACCGGGUACCGGUCCGGAUAUUUGCCGAUGAGUCAGCGGAAGGAAAGACCGGUAAACGGCCGGCUAUUGUCUACUAUCACGGAGGAGGGUUUAUACGAGGAAACUUAGAUACCCACCAUCCCAUAACAGCCAUGCUGGCGAAGGGGCUCGAUGCUGUUGUAAUUUCUGUCGACUAUCUGUUGUCGCCAAAGUAUCGCUUUCCUGCAGCGAUCGACGACUGCACAGCUGCUACGGUCUGGUUCCUGAAGCAUCUCGACGGCUACAACGUUGACCCUUCCAGAGUAGCCCUCAUGGGUGAUAGCGCCGGGGGGAACCUGGCUGCAGCAGUAUCGCAACGGUUUACCUUCGACCGUCAGUACCGGGAUCUUCCCAAGAUCAGGUUGCAAGUCUUGCUCUACCCCUGCUUACAGGCAUUCGACUUCCACACGCCGUCUUACCAGCAAUAUGGUGACUACACAACAUUACUGCUGGACAGGGCUACGAUGACAUUCAUGUGGGACUCGUAUCUCCACGGUAAAAAGGGAAGUUCUUGGAAGGCCAUGCUGAUCAACAACCACACCUCAGCAGCUGCCAAGAGGUCCCCUCUUGUCCAAAAAUGUCUCUCGCACGAUCUCAUCCCAGCUGGGUUCAAGCAGACGGGCUACAAAGCGCAUUCAACCGACUUCGGGGACGAAGGAAUCUACGACGAGAUCAAAGGAGUUCUUUUGAAUCCAGACUACGCUCCUCUCAUGCGAGAAAAUCUCAAAGGUCUCCCAGAGGCGUACAUCUUAACAGCCAAGUACGACAUUUUGAGGGAUGACGGCAUCAUGUACGCCAAGCGACUGGAGAAGGCAGGAGUUCAUGUCACUUGGAAGCACUAUGAGAAAGGUUUUCACGGCAUGUUCACCAGCUCAGAAAGCCUACCCGUACCGUCCACACCGCCAGGCCGUCAGAGUGUUUCAGAUUUUCUCCAGUUUGCUCGGAAGAAACUUUAAACAUCGUGUCCUUACCUGUUCAAGGAAAGAAGUGUUUCACUUUAAAUGAAAUCUGUAAUUACAACAGAAAAUAUUAGCGCAUCAAAUUUAAAAAAUCAUAGAGAAUAUGAAACCGUAGAACGGUGUUUUUAAUUGUUUAGAGCGUUCUUCACUGUGUUUCAAGUUAUAAUUAGGCCUAUUCUAUGCCACAAUUGCUUUUUCUGCGUCUAUCAAGUCAAUUUUAAUCCGUCUGUUGUACGGUUAACUGUACAUUCUUAAAAACUGACUUACUGACUUUGGGAGCUUAACUUUGGGAGCUAAACAGGCUGAGGGUUUUCGCGAACAGCAUACGUCAUACACGAGAGCGCUUCCCUCAGCUCAUCGCUUCCCAAAUAUAGGCCUAUCUACAAAAUGUACACGUCAUGAAGCACUGAGGGCGGCUUACAGCCAAGAUGAGUACGUUAGUGUCGUGCACAAGUGACAGCUUGAGUGUCAGUUAUACUAGAAAAUAUUCGACCGUCCUCCAAUCGAAUACAAGUAUUCAAAUAUCCAGCUGUUCAAAAUUCCCACGAACGAAGAAACAAUAUGCACAUUUAUAGAAAUGGCGGGCAAAGAAAACUUUGAAGGAAAAGUAAUUUGAGGUAUAUUUUUGAACAUAUGCAUUACCUGACUUGAAGUUUACUGGUAACAUCUUAUUUUGCUUUUAUAGAAUCUAGAAAUAGCCACUUUAAAACAAAUGAUUUUUUUCCUUUUAAAAUUUCAGUGUAAUAUUUACUCAGAGUAUUGAAAUUGGAAAAUUUAAUUUCGAAUAAUGACCAAUACAGCCCUAAACGAGAGGUUAAAAAUAAUUAAGAGCCCAAGAUCGGCAGUUAGUCCUAUAUAUAAACAUACUAAGCAAACCAUGUGAAGCCUUGACAAUAGGCCUACCAGCUCAUUUGAACGGGGCAAAACCUUCAUGACAAGUAAAUACGAAACUUGAUGGUGACACAUCGCAUGAACACAAUUCGGACCGUUUCAGGAAAUUCAACAAUACAGCAAUACGCGUGCACGAGGUCUGCCCUAUCAGCGCGGUCCAUAAAGCUCUGUGCAAAACCUAGAGUGCUCGUGUGCUGACGUGGAUGUGCAGCCGCCAUUGCCAUUGUGGGCGGAAGUAAGCUAAAAGUGCCCGGAAGUGAUAUAACCAAAGA